UAAUGACCUUGACUUGACUAAGCUCGGUGUUAGUUGUGAGCAGAUAAGUGUAUAUUCUUCCAGAAACCCCAACUCGGAUCCCAAGGCCCAUACUUAUGAUGACGGCAUUCAAGAGCAUCUGCUUGAUCGGAUGAGAAUUAUUGCUAACAGACAGCAAGAGGCACGUAAAUAAGAAAGCUGCUCAAGAGAUUGCUCUAGAGAAGGUCAAAGAGAAAGUACAAAGGAUCGAAUCUGUUGCCCAACUGACACAAUGAUUCGAGAACGGAACUUUUGUAAAUGUCAAAAAUAUCGAAGCAAAGAAGUUACCAACUCUUGAAGAAGAAAUCUAUGGCUAUGUUGACGAAGACGAAUCUGAAGAUAGCUCAGAUGACGAGGAUGGCAAGUCCGGACAUUCCCAAGAAUUUGGAACGACUAAUGCAUCUAGAGGAUUCACUGGCAAUCUUUCAGAAAUCGCUAAGGCAGAUACUAAAAAUUCUAAAGCCAUUUCUGAGAUGGUAAAUGACGAUGGCAAGGAGGUUGCCCAAAAUGAAGAAUACAAGAUCGACCGUGAAUACACUCAGAAGCAGGACAUUACUGACUGCUUCAUGCCUCUCAGGAAAUUCCUUGAGUGCAACUACGGAGUAUGAUACCGUGAGAAGGCCAAGGAGAGAGAAGAAACAGAGGAAGAUAAAUAAGAGACUUGCCGAUCAAAAGAAGGAAGAAAACAGGAAGAAGCUUCAAAGAGACAUGAGGAAGAAGAAAGGCUCUAAUAAGAAAAACAAGAAAAAGAAGGAAGAAAAGAAGGAAGAGCCUAAAGAAGAGGAGCCCAAUGAAUUCUACAUGAAAGGAAAGCCCUAUAAGGACAAGUAUGAUGGCAUCCGGCUUACUAAAGGAGAUUACCAGACUAAGUUCUCUAUUGCUUCGGAAAAGAUCAAGAUUAACUUCCCUGGGGUUGCUAUAAAUGAAGAUGGCACUUUGAGGAAAAUAAAUGAACCCCCUAAAAGGAGAAAAAGCACUAUGAAAGAGGUUCAAGGGAUAUUUAGAAGCAGAAAGUCCAUUCUGAGAAUCAAGCAAGCUGGUUCUCAAGAGCGCAAGAGAACUCACUUUGCUAGUGAUUUAGAUCUCGUACAGAGCCAGGAGAAAGGUGGUAAAUCAGCUGUGAAAUUACCUCAGAUACAGAAAACGCAGGAGAUCACUGAGCAUACUCCUGAAGCUAAGAGAUUCCUUCUCCAUGAAGUUCCGGUAAUGAAAGUAAAGAAGAUCAGAGUUGAUACUAAAGAGAGGAAGAAGAGAUUACUUGAGUCUCUGAGUAAGACAGUUCAUGAUAAAUACAACACUGCUGCUGUUCUGGAUAGGAAUUGGGGCAAAUCUUCCAAAGUUGCCACAGAAUUCGAUAAAAGGGUUCAUAGGAGAGUUAACUUCAAUAAGUCAAAGCCUAAGGCAGGAAUCUGCUUCAGGAAAUUGAACAAAACGGUUGUCCCGUCUGAAAAAGACAGCACUCCACUUUCAAAGACCAUCUCACUUACAAAUGCGAAGUUUACAAGUAAGAUUUGGUGGUUGAGUUUGGCAUAGAAAAAUCUAAAAUACCAGCAGUACUGGGACUAAGGACUAAUUUAAGAGGUUAUGAUGUGCUUGAGAUAGAAGA